AUGGACCCGCAUCCACACCCACGUCCAGUGGGUGUUCACACGGCCUUUGCCAGCGUUGAAGAUGGGUUUCCACAUGCGGGACGCAAAACAGUACUUGACUGUGGUGGUCGGGCGGCUUACUCUCAAUUCCCCUUCAAGAAGAAUUCCUCCUACUCUUUUUCAGUACGCCUUUUAAAUGUAACAUUUGUUUCCUUGGCUGUUGUCUACCUCCUGUUGCGUUGUUUUGACUUUACAAGAAAAAGGUCUGGUCAGUUGACCAGAUCGCUUGCAGCUAGCGACGGAAGACCGUGCCACGGAUACGGGGAGGAUGAGCAGAGUGAAAAAGAUGGGGAAGCUGGGGGAGAGGGGGGCAUUUCGAUUCAGGAACAUGGAGGAACUGUUUGGGGGCGUCAAGCAGAAGGUCCUUUUGAGCGUUUAUUGUCGAGGACAAGGGGUGCAGUACAAUUGACACCAGUGUUAACAACGACAGAUUCUGGGUUUCCAAGAGGAAUGUAUGGAUCCACUUCGAGAUUAGGACAAGGUGAUGAGGGUCCAACGGAAUUCGAUGUUGCCCAUUCGGUCGGUGCUGGUCCUCAAGAACUUCCGUCUGUUCAGGAAGUGCCCGAUUCUGUAUCGGGUAUUCAAAUAAGACUCCACGUUGAAGAUUCCAACAAAAAUAGAAAUUAUGAAGGCAGAUCUGGCAGGGGUUUUGCUCCAAGGCUGCGCGAGGGAGAGACGUUGCAGAUGUGGGACCAAAGAAACCUACCUCCACAUGUUGAGCAGGAGGUUAUCACUAUGUUUGAGCAAAUGAUCCAUUGUGCAUUGUCGUGCCGAUUAGUUGUUCGAGCAAUGACCCGACAACAACGCCUGCGUCUGGUAAAUCAUAUGGGGAGGCUACUCGCCCUACAACUUGGAGCGCUUUCUCUUGUGCAAGAGCAUCUCGAGCGUUUCCGGACAAGACUGGGUGACGCUCUUUUGAAGCUAUGUAAUGAAGCUCUGCUGCGCAGCGGGCAGGAAACGCACCUCGAAGAAAGCCGCCAAAGGAUUCGCGAACUGCAGGCCGUAGUAGAAAAACUGAAACAACCUCGGCCGCGUUCGGAGCUGAACGUGCCGCAUGUAUACAGGCCGAAGAUGGUGUCUCUUGUACGAACAGGUACUGUGGUAGUAGAGGUCUGCAUAAAAGUACUGGAAGGACUCUCAAAUUUUGAGGCAGUCAACAAAAGCAAGCCCCCACCGGAUCUGAUCACACAACUGGCGCUUGUUCUGAGUUAUGUGUAUGAAGCGCAUUCCUCCUAUAUCGGUCGAGACUCUUUGCUGAGGCAGCAUAUCCUAAACUGCCAGAAAUGCGUCGAAUCGCAGCCUCUUCUCAGUCGCCGACAUGCCCAGAGUCGCAAUGAAUUGAUCCCUCCGUUGGAUGUUUUGGUACAACAGAUACGCCAAGCUGUUCGCGAUGCCGGAGGCAUACCGCAAUCUCCAUCACACGCAACAAAAACGCACCAGAAUGCUGCUCCUAAAUCGUCGGCUAGCGUUCAACAAGCCUCCACCUCACGGGAGCCACUAGAUGAGGAAGGGAUACCGACGCAGGAGCAAGAAGAAUCCUACUCAGCACUGCAUCCCUCUUCGACUUCGUCAGGCGCGGGACUACAAGGCCUGCAGGCCGCGGCUUUUGCAGAGCCUCGACCUCAACAACCAUGGGACUUCUCAGCUCGCCACCUUCCUGACCUAGCUUAUUCGGCCCAACAAGAAGUUGCAACGAGCGGCACACCGCGCUACCCGCAGUCCUUUCCAUCACCAUUGCCUCAUCCACUGCUGAGCCCGUCGUUGCCUUCAAUGCAUGUUCAGCCGUAUGGCUUCCAAGGCGCACUGACAAAUGCUAAUAGAAGGGAAGUCAAUGGAUUGCUUCAGAUCCGUACGUCCGAACAUACGGAUCGGACUGCGAUUCAAGCGCCAGGCGUGUCUCCGUUUCACGAAGCAGCGCCCCCUUUUCCGUCUUACCCACAAUCGCCACGACGUGCAUUCGCAGGGCCAUAUGCGCAUGCUGGCUUCCAACGAUAUCCAAGCCACGGCGGGCACAACGUUUCUAACCAGAUCGCUCCACCCUCCCUGCUUCCACCCACUGCCAGGCCUACUGUACAUGCCUCUGGUGCAGCGUAUGGCUGGUACUACGAAACAGUGUCACUAGGCACUCGCCAACCUGAAGCACCAGAGCAGGUGCAAGGCAUGCUAGGGGACCUUUUGAAAGGCGGCCUCAAACUCGAAGAUGUCUUCCCCAGUACAAAGCCUCCGGGUCAAUAA